UGCCGCUGUCCCCGGGGUCGACGCGCGGCCGCCCCCCGGCCCGGCCCGGCUCGGCUCGGCCCGUCCCGGCCCGGCCCUGCCUCCACGGUCCGGCAGCCAAUCGGCGCGGUGCUGCCGGGCCGGGGCUGUUUACCCAAUCCGUCGGGGAGCCGCCGGGGGGAGCGGGCGGAGGGGCGGCACGGCGGAGGCAGGCACACGGCGGAGGCAGGGGCGCAGCCGCGGCGAGGGAUCGGCACGGGAAGCGGAGCCGGGGCAGAUGACAGCCUGGCCGGCGGAGUCCCCCCCCGCCUGCGUCUCCCCGGCGGGGCCAGCCGGCGCUCGCACCUGACCAUGACCCCUCGCCGGUCCCGGCUGGGCCGCCCCGGCGUUUGCCGCUGAAGGGACCGGCUCCUCUCCGACCUCCCCCGCCGCCUUCCUCCUCCGCCUCCUGGCUGCCGAGGCUGCCGCCUCUUCCCGGAGUGAUGGGCUGCAUCGGAUCCCGCACCGUGGGAAAUGAGGUGAUUGCAGUAGACUGGAAAGGACUGAAAGAUGUGGACCAAAUCAAUAUGGACAGCACCAGUUCACUGCAUGGCAGCAGCUUCCACCGUCCUUCCACUGAGCAAACACGGACAGAUUUCUCCUGGGAUGGUAUCAAUCUCUCCAUGGAAGAUACGACCUCCAUCCUCCCCAAGCUGAAACGCAACUCCAAUGCUUAUGGGAUUGGGGCUUUGGCUAAAUCAUCUUUCUCUGGCCCCUUAGGGAUAUCCCGCAGCAUGAAGGACCAUGUCACAAAGCCAACGGCUAUGGGCCAAGGCCGUGUGGCUCACAUGAUUGAAUGGCAAGGCUGGGGUAAAGGUAACAGCCAGCAGCAGCAGCACACGCAUGAGACAGCACGCAAAGAUGCUGAUGCCUACUCAGACCUGAGUGACGGUGAAAAGGAGGCCCGAUUCCUUGCAGGAGUGAUGGAGCAAUUUGCUAUAUCAGAGGCGACUCUCAUGGCCUGGUCCUCUAUGGAUGGUGAGGAUGUGAGUGUAAACUCAAAUCAGGAGAAUCCAGCAGGCAACUACUCUGAGAACUAUCAGGAGCUAAUGGAGAGCCAAGAGCAUAUGGCCCAGACACAGUAUGAUAGCUGGCCUCAUUCCUAUGUCUCACAGGGCAUGUAUUGCUUAGGUUCAUCUGAUGCCUGGGAGACCAGCGACCAGUCCCUCAUCGCUUCCCCAGCAACUGGCUCCUACUUAGGCCAGAAUUUUGAUGAGUCCCAGACAAACCUUCAGGAAAGUAUUUUGAUUCAGAGUGGUCUUCUCCAGCAGCAACAGCUGCAGCCACAGCAGCAGGAGCAAAACUUCAUCCAGAGCACAGGGCUGGUCCAUGUGUGGCCCCUGCAGACUGCUCAGGGCGGGGAUGGGGCUGAGUCCAGCACCUACAUGGAGGACCAUGUUGAGGACGAAGGGCACCCACAGCUGGAGAAGGCUCCUCUCCUAAACAAGAAGCCCUCUCCAGAGGAGGAUGAUGUAGUAUGCCGGGACCUGGAAUCUUUGUCUCCUCGAGAGGAGCUGGAACAUGCUGCACUGAGCCGCAAAGUCUCAGAUGUCACCUCCUCUGGAGUUCAAUCCUUUGAUGAGGAAGAGGGAGAAACAAACAACUGAUGCUUUUUGUGAAAUUUUCAUCAAUGCUGAACAAAGAGAUGGGUGGCAAGGAAUGAAAUGACAGGAAUUCUUCUCUCCAGCUCCCUGUACUUUCAAGCAGACACACCUUUCAUUCCUACAUUUAAUUAUUUUUUUAAACAAGAGUAAAAUCUCAGAGUGAUUGACACAUUAAGACCUUUCCCUCCGGUGUGGACAUAUAUUUUCUAUUUUCAUUGCUCUGGGCAAUGCACGUGAGGUGCUUGGAGAGAUCUGGAUUGGUAAAUCAUGUUUAAAUAUUAUAAAUACAAAGUAUUGGCUCUGGAUACAAACUUCUGGUACUGGGGAUGCGGCUGAUAAGACAGGCUUGGUAUAGGGAGUGGCUAUGUGGCUAGAAUCCAUCCUGGCAAAAUGGAUGUUGCUUUGUGGACUUGAUGCCCUUUGAUAGAAUACAUGAAUAUAGACUGUUUUAAAUGAAGAUAUGGCUUUACAAAUAUAGAUUGCACUAGUAUAGUGAUUGUGGCUGAUGCAGAGAAUAAGGCUGUAUUCAGUAUAGACUGUACUGAGAUGAAGGAUUUGCUGUGUAACCAGGUCCUCAAUAGCACCUUGAUAUGAAAUCAUAGGCUCAAUGGAUACAGACUGCGCUCCGUGGGCACUCACUGUGCUGCACUACAGAUGGUGUGGAUCUGUGGGCAUGGCUCUACUGUGGCAUGAAAGAAUGGAUGCAGAUACGAAUCUAACCCUGCUCUGAGAUACUCAUGCUUUGGUUUCUUUCUUUCUAGUCUUUUAUUUAUUUGUUUCUGUCUUUGACAUUUCUACCUUCCUAGGAGCUGGCAAGAGUGGUGUGUCCUUUUGGCACUGAGCACUGGAUGCCAGUGGAAAGAACAUUUUCAGCUACAGAGACAGUCAUAAAAAACUGACUCUUGUAGAGGGCUUGAGAACAUGUCCAUCUUGGUGCUGCUGCUGCACCCUUCUGUCUUUUCCUUUGCCAGAAGCAUGGGGAGGCAGCAGAUCCAGGAAUAGUGUGUACAACUAUGAGAUCACAGAUUUCCAGUUUACAGUGGAAUUUUCAGUUGUUGCUUUUUAAAAAACUUUUUAUAUUGCUGGUUAAGUGUUCCUAAAAAAGCAGUUAAUAGUGGUAAAAGCCUGUACUCCAGUAUCAGAAAUACUGCACCUUUCCCAUUUCUGCCACUCCUUCUGCAGUGCCAAAUGUAGAUGGAGGCAAGAGGCUAGAGAGGAUGUUUCCUCCUCUUCUUCCUGACUAUAUUCCUGACUUAUUUUGUUUUCCUGCCCCCAAGCAAUGUAAAUAGUGCUCAACACGUGAUCUGUUUAUUUUCACAUUCCAUCCCUUUUUCAGGUGUGGAAAAAGCUGAUUUUAGGAGUUUUUUCCUAUUUGUAUGGCGCUUUUUUUUUUUUUUUAAUUUGUUUGUUUUGUUAAAAAAUGGUUCAUUGACUUGUGGGAAUUCAGUCUCUUGCAAUUGCUCACCAUGUUUCUACAGACCUCUUUUUGCAGGGGAGGGACUUUGAAAGGAAAUUGAAAGCCUGUCUCAAGGUAGAAAUUUACCCUACCCUGAAACUGUCUCCUCUCAGGUGGAACUUUACCCUACUCAGCUUUCUCCCACUUACACAGGCAGCUGCAUGAAGAGGGAACUCCUCUAUGAACUCUCAAGUCUUUCUAGCCAAGACCAUGUCAAGAGGAUCUGUCUUACCUCUCCAUUGCUCCUCUAAAGGAAAAGACCUUUGGAUAUUAAAGUAAGAUUGAUAAUUUGGUGUAGGUAAGAGAUAAAAACUUUUGUGACCUUAUUUUUUUUUUUAACCCAUUUCCUUGGGCUUGCUUACAUCUGUCUUAGGAGGUAGCUCUUCUCCUGAAUGAUGAACUUUCAAUAUCUUUGUACAAAUGUUUACACAUUCAGGUGCUAACCUCUCCUGGGCAGCAGUGCUUGAUAGAGAUGAAUCUAUAGUUUUUGCAGGAUCAAUGCUAGUUCAUUUUCCUGAACUAUCUUGAGCCUAGCCUAUGAAACGACAUGAACCAGAACAAGUGACAGGUCAAGUGCCAAGGGCACUUCAUCAGGUGACAAAUGAGCAAGUGUUAAUUAUUUCAUUUUCUAAAAACCUUCAGGGAACAGAAUGGUCUAGUAUGUUUCUUUGUGGGAGAAAAUUUGGGCUAAUUGCUUUUUUUCUUACAGUUUUGUUCCCAUGUGCCUCUCCAGGACCAAUCUGGAUGUUUAUGGUAACUUUCAGAAUAGCUUCAAAUGGUCUCUCCGUAUUAUUUACAGGAUUGGGGUGAGAGAGCCAACUUGUCCAGGGCUUUUUUUCUUUUAAUGUGGACAUGUGAUACACUUACUAAGGUGUUUGAUCAAUGUCUAAAAGGUGUACAUUUUCUCCAUGCAGGGGAGCGAGAGGGAAAUAACUGCACAGGAAAAAAUGCAAAAAAAAAUAAAAUAAAAAUAAAAAAUAAAAAAUUGAACUUACAGAAAAUUCUGUGGAUUUCAAUAGCAGGAGAAAACCUGUCAAGUUUUCCAUUUUUCUGUGGAACGGGAUAGAGAAUCAUACCCUGCUAUAUAAUUUCAUAACCUUAUCUCUAGCAACCUGUAGACUCAUUCUCUGUGAAGUCUGACAGGUUUCAAGACUACUCUCUGUAAAAACUUUAAAGUUUUCUAAAUUCUAUAAAGCUUUUUCAUAAAGACCACGAAUUUCUGUGAAUAAAAUUUCAUGACCUCUUCCGCAAUCCAAAAGAGAAAUGUAUCUUCCUCUCCAGUUGCAAGGAGCUUGACUAGAGAUAGCAGGCCUACCUGUAAUCAGUUGCAACCUGAGUGAACAUCCAGAGCUGGACUGGAAAGGCAGUUUGAAUAUAAUUUGAAAAUGGUUUUGUAUAACCUGGCCUUUUCUUAGGUAUCAGGCCUGCUGCUUCUGUGUAUCCAGUGUCAGAGAGAGGGACCUGGAGCCUACUGUACAUUUUUCAGAAAAGCCAUUAUUAUAUAGCUACACCUAUUCAAGCAUAUGGAGGGCACAGGUGCUCUGUGAGCAAAUUUGGCCUGCAGUUCUUUAUGCUGGUAAGGGUAAAUGAGUUGGAGGGAGUCCAGCCAAAUACUCAGAGUGGAAAUUGAAUCCGUGAGGCUGAAAAUAAGAAGGAGAGGUAAGCUGAGUAUGCUUGAUCUGGGGUUACUAAGAAACUGAGUCCUACUGUUCAUUUAUACAGGCCCAUUUUAGACCAGAGCUGCACUACAUAUUUUUUGGAUAUUUCUUGAACCAGCAAAGGUAGAUUUUUUUUUUCCCCUACCACCACCUCAAAGCCUUUGUCUUCAACAGGAGCUGCUGCUGUUAUUAUCGUGAAUGUGAAUGAAGGGUUAAACUAAUUGAAAGAAAACUCAGAUUCCACUGUAAGAAAAUUCUAUCUUCCUUUUCCCAUGGUUGCAUAUUUUUGGUCAGUUAUACUACUUCAUUUAAACCCAGAGACUGGACUGGAGGAAGGAAUAGGGAAAUAAGAUUGGCAAAAUCUUGGCAGAUAAUAUGUUAAGAUUUGGAGCAAGCACUGGGCCAGCAGUUUCAGUAUGCCCUAAUAAUGUAUGGGUAAUGAUUGCCUCAUAGCAAACUAAACACAGGACAGGGGCAUGUUUAACCUCUAAGGCAUAGUGUCUAACUUACCGAAAUGUUGAGGGCAGCUGGGUGAGUUAUGGAAUUGCUGAAUGGUACGUGGACGUUGUAUCCCACAGGCCUUUAUAAAAAUAAAAUAAAAUAAAAAAAUAGUGGCUAGGGAACUGUGGCAUGUUAGGACCACCAAGUCAUUGCUUUGAGCCUCUGCUUAUCUAGCAGUAGCUGUAACUCUUUCCUAUAUGACCACUUAUGUAAUUUGAUGAAUAUCAAGUGAUUGUUUAAUUGUCCCCCUUGCUCUUUUUCUGGUGCUGGUGUCAGGAAUGAAACAGUGCUAGUGCUUCUGUCACUGUGGUUGUAUGACUUAGGGGAAGGGCAGAUCUUAUUUUCUCUGCCUAAAAUCCAGUAGGGUCCACCACAUUUGGGCACACUGGGUUGCACCCUUCCUAUUCAUCAGUCACAUGAGGUGUACAGGCCCUGCUGUGUUUCACAGUGUGGGAUCCUUCCCUUCAGGGCCCUGGGAUUACAAUGACUCAGAGAAUCAUUUUGCCUGCGCAGUCCAAACCUCAAAGUCAAGGACCAUACAAGAGAAGCUUACAUAAGUUCUUCUUUAUAUAAGUUUUAGGCUUUCUUCACAAGCCUUGUGAAUUUUUUCAACCCCAUUACCUUAGGCUUUGGGGUUGAGAAGUCAAUCUGCUACUUCAGUUUCUGUGUCUCUAAAUCAGCAACUUCUGUGAAGCCACUGACAAGUCACCCACUUCCACUUUCCCUCUUCUGCCCCCACCCCCCCUUACCUCUGUAAGACUUUAACAUCACCUUUCAUGAUAAGCUUGCAGCAGAGAAUAGCAUUUAAGCAUACCUCCGAGCUGAUCAAAAUGGGAAGCUGUUGUGAAGAAGGUAGCCCUCUACUUUAGCUGUACUCAUCUCCCACAGUCCUUGUACAGAUACUAGCACACUGCUGACCUCAUAACAAGCCAGGCUGCUUACACCUUUCUAAAAUAAGGAAGAGGGAACAGCUGUGAGCAAAGGGAGAGUGAGCAUUAUUCUCAGCAGCUGGCCUUUAUGUUAGGCUAGGUAAACUGUGAAAGUGCACUUUGAAAUGCCAUCUCUGUGAUAAGUCUAAGCUGACAAAAGAAGCUGUCAUGCUUCUUCCCUUCCCUCAUCACCAGCUGUAUACUUCUGCCUAAGAAGCACCAGUGCUAACACUCAUUUGGCUGCUCAGGAACUGGCACCAUUGAAAACUAACCACAUCGCCUAUCAAAAUAAGAGUUUCAGUGGGAUCAGCAACUUGUAUUUUUUACAUGGUCAGGCAUGCAUCACUGAGGUCCUGUGAAAUGUGCAGACGGUCAUGUUGAAGGAUGUUUCUCUGACUGCAAAUGCAACUUAAAUUGCUUUAAGCUGACUGUGAAAUUUCUGUCAAAG